UUGUUGUUGCUUCUGUCUGCCACGCUAGCACUCGACGAACAUUCAUUUCUUUCGUUUUUCUCUCUUUCAUUUUCCCAUUCGUCCACAUCAACAGAAUACAGUGUGUCGCUGAAUAGUGUGUCGUUUUUAAUAUGAACACACAUUGUUUACUGACCACCGAUUGUUUGACAUUUCUAUCGAAUCGUCCAGAAGCACAAAUUAUGUGCUGAUUUUUUUUAGUACUCUGCAAAAAAGUGCCCUGUAUGUAAAUAAUUGUGUUCGUUGAUGGUUCCAAGAAUAGUUUUUAAGUAGAAAAAUACAUGACGAAAAUUUAAGCAAAGAAAGUCGACACGGCUCAGAAACGUCUCAAUACAGAAGAAACAAUACAAGGUUUUACGCCAAAUGAACAAGACAUAACGAGAUAGGAGAGAACGAGAGAAAAGGAGACGUGUACAAAAAAUUGGCUAAAGUUUAAGUGCCAUAGAAUAAAACAUAGCUCGAAGAAUUCUACGUACCUGCCAAAAGAUUUUAAAGCAACAGAGCAGAGCAACCAUGAACAAUUGGCAGGCGGAGUUGAGUCAGUACUUGACACAGGUGGAGCGUGAAACAAACAACUUUUUGACGAAAAUUGAUCCGGCGCUGCGUGAUUCUGGCUUGGAAUUCGACAAAAGAGUUCGAAAACACUUCUUGAAUUGCGUUGAUAAGCGAUUGGAUAGUGUCCUCCACAAAAUUGACAUUGAUCUCAUGCUGAACGAUCGGUCGGAUGACUCAUCAAUUGAUUCAUUACCAGCCAUUGGACAGAAGAGAAAGGAUUGGGGCUCCGAGGUGAAAAACGCCAUGACUAAGGGAAAAAUUCCCGGUCAACUGAUCCAGAACAAACCGAUAAAACGUCUGCAGAACACGAAAAAGGAUGUCAUUCCAAAGCGCGUUUCAAAGGGUUGUCCAAGAGGAAAUUUUAAGAAAAAAGGAUUCAAGCGGUUCCAGUCACCACACUUGAAGAAUCGACGUGAACGUGAACGUAAACGACCGUACCCUAACCAGACAACAAGCAGUGCAUCGUCUUUGAAUCACACACAAGUGUCUGUAGUUAGUUCAAGCAGUUUCAGCCAAACGAAGCUCAAGCACGAAGCUCACCCAUACCUUGAUGCAACAUUCAAAUCAAUCAAAUUGGCAUCAGCAGAUUCGGCCAAUGCCUUAGAGCAAAUACACCGACCAUCGACACAUCUGUUGAACUUGCGAUACCAUUGCUUCCACUGUUCGACUACCCAAGGUUCAUAUGGUUGCAUCGAAGAUGUGUAUGUGCACUGGCUAGCGCAACACCGCGAUAAAUCGGAAACGAAACCAUUUCAAUUCCGUGUGGUGGAGAAUGUUGCAUGUUACUUCUGCGAUUUGAUUGAUUCGUAUCCAAUGGUGCUAGAGCAUCAACAGAUGAACCAUCCGAAUGAGUCGAUAGUAAUUGUCGCAGAAUAUGAUCAUACAAAAUGCGCACUCUGCCCAUAUUCUGGCGAUGCAUUGAUUGGCCACUUUGAAAUCGAGCACGAGUUGCUGUUGCAACUGAAUGACUUUAAUCCGCUCGGUUUGGACGAUGAAACCCUGAAUAGACUUUUGUUGGUCGACGCUCAGAAGCGGUUCUGUGGGCCAUGCUACAAAUUCUUCGACACACAAGUAGAUGCGAUUGCACAUCAUUCUGUCAAACAUCCAGAGGAUACCAUGGAAUAUGAGCCAACAAAUGACGGUGAAAUCUUGUAUCUCAUUUGUCCAUGUCAAGCAAAAAUCGACUAUACUGAAUAUUACAGUCACAUUCUGGGACAUUUUCGUGAAUUCGAGUGUUCACAAUGCAAUUUCCAAGCGAACACACUGAUUAAUUUUGUCGAACACGAUAAAAAUACCCAUCAGACAAGCACAUUGAAAUUCCGAUGCAUGGAACUGUCCGAUCAACUGAUGAAGUACUAUUUUGCUACGAGCAUCGUAUUUUCCAACGGCCUGGUGCUCAUUAUGCACAAUGUGCUGCGGACGAAAUUCGACAUUUCCAAUAGCUUCAAAAACGUCAUCGAAAAAGUGCUGGGAACGAAAAAGGACAAUGAACCAAAAGUCAACGGUCGAGAAGAGAAAACCCGUGAAACGAAGAAAAUGAUGGAAAACGUUCGAUCAGACAAAUCAUCGUCGUUGAUGUCACCGAAAACGAAGAAGCGAAACUUAACCGCCCAAAAUCGUUAUUCAAGCGAUUUGGCAGUUGAGGGUAUUCCACCGAUUGAACGAGAAAAUUUGCAAGCGAUCUUUUUGGCCAUUUGCAAGAAGAUUGGAGCGAAGAUUGUGCCAGAUGAUAUCAUAUUCAUUCGCCGAUAUCCAUAUCAUCAACAUAAAAUUGUUCAUGUCCGCCUUGAAAAACGUUCGAACAAGAUCCACAUUUUGGACAAAAGACGCAACCAAGAUUUAAAGGCAGCCUCAUUCAUCAACUUACCACCCACACUUGAGUCAACACAAAUUUUCAUCAAUCCCUACAUGACAAAAUACUUUUGCUCUCUAUGCAAACUGGCUAAAGAAGCCGUGAAAAAGAAGAAGUUGUGCUUUUUCAACGUCGACGAGAAAGGUGUUUUUAUCAAGCGCAAACAAUCCAGUCAUGGAACACACAUUCUCUCUGAAGAUGAACUGUUCAACUAUAUCAAACACUCGAAAAAUCAGAAGGAAUGAAAUUGUGGUGGAGCUCAAUUCUUCACAAUUGGACGCGACAGAUGAGUGGACGUCACAGAUGAAUUAAUGAACAAAGCAAUGGCCAAUUUUAGAAAAAUCAAUACAAUAACAUGAAGAAUAAUUGAAUCCAAUCAAUUAAUUGAACCAAAUUUUCUUUUUAUCGUUUUAUCUUCUGAAUUUGAGAAAAAAUUAUAAUCAUUUGAUGAAAUAAGAAAAAUAUUAAUUAAAGUCACGAAUAUCUUGUAUUUUUCAACAAAAGUGUUUCCAUUCAUUCAGGAAGCUAUGAAUGGCUCAUGACACAAACCUGGAAAUGGCAAUGAACUAAACAAAUUUUACCUUUUUCCAUUAAAAUUCCGAUUAAGCUAGAAAUGGCUGGAGAAAUUGAUACGGUUUUCAUUAAAAAAUAAUUGUUGGUUUUUAUUGUUUCGACAUUUCUUUUCAGCUCUGUUUUAUUCCCCAAUUUUUUUUAUUCUUAGCUCAGCAUAUUUUUUAUAAAGAUUUUUUCUGUGUUUUUCAAAAUAAAUGGAUGAAUCUGAAUAAA